CCAUAUACCAUGGAUACCUUACGACUGAAGCCUCGGCAGCCUGUGGAGGAGGUGGUUGAAGACUGGGAUGAUGAUGAUUUUAUGAUUGACAAUGAUGACCUCGAAUUCCGAAACUCGUCGGUUAAUACGAGUAAUAACUUCAACCGGCGCGACAGCCGCGCCUCUUUCAAAUCCGACCGCGAGUCGUUGGGCGGAGAUGAUGAGAGGCAUCUUCAUCUACCUGGAGACGACGAGAAGUCGACACUAGAUGCUAUCGCUGCAGCUACCAAUGCCGGCAUUCCAAUACCAAAGAACGUUCCGCCUUCUGCCCUCAUGGGUGGUACCAUCAAGCGCCUGGGCGGAAAGAAAAUCAAGACGAUUUUCCAAGAAGAUUGGGAUGAGGACCUGGAGCUGCCCGACAACGGCCAAACCCUUCGCAUAAAGCCUCGGGAUGGCAGCAUGUUUCCAGCAAUCUUGCGACAAAUCAGCAGCUCGGCAAACGGGAGCCCCGUCAAAGAGUUCAAACCGGCUCCCGUUCAAGAACCGCUACGACAGAAUCAGACCAUGAGGCUCGCUUCACCCGUCAAUUUGGAGAGAUAUCGGGACAAUGAUGAUGACGAUGUUUUUGGCGACGAUGGUUCUACCACCAUCAAGGCGUCUAAAAUUCGAUCUAUCUCUACAAUUACGCCUCCUACGCCUCUGAAAACCCUCGGAAAGGAAGAGGAUGACUUCGAAACGGACUUGGAGCUUCCAUCAAGUGGGAAACUCAAGCUGAGCAGCCGGAAGGAUAUUCCUAAGACACCACAUCUCAGUAAUGGGGAUGACUUCGAUUGGGGAGAAGGCAGCCUUGGAACUAGAUUUGGAGGUACUCGACGAGGUGCAUCUCAUCGCAGCUCAUCCGCUAUGAGUCCUAGCAUCUCUAGUUCGACAGCUGAGAGUGAAGACGAUGCGUUUGACGGUCUGGUUCUGCCGAAUGAACCCUUGGACCUCGGCGAGCGACUCAAGCGUCGCAAGCAGAGUGGAUCCCCAGAAAGACCUUCUGACAUGGGCAAGCGGCCUCGAUCAUCCCGGCAAUUCGAAACACCAACAACCGAGAAAGAGGAUCUCUUCGACGGUCUUGACUUCGGCGACGGAGAUGUUUUCAGCUCGGGCAAAAGCACUCUGCACCGCAAUAUAAGGGUAAAAGAAUCUCGACCCAUCAGCCCUGCGCGUCCAAAGACGGCCGUGUCUAUCACCUUCACCAACAAACCCACCCCACCGUCAAUAUCCCGUCUACCACGGCCUAUGGUGAGCCAUGAACGAUCUCACACCCAGUCGUCAUUGGAGCCCGUGUCGGAAAGCGGCGGUCCAAUUCUACCGCGACCAUCUCGAAGAUCUCAGUCGAGACUGGGCCACUCUACUCAGUCAUCGGUGUCUAGCGUACACACACCUACUACGCCCUCCUACGGUGUCUCAAUCCAGCCUUCUACCCCGCGACGAAGAGAACUCGGUCAGAAGGUAUCAACUGGAACUCUGAGAAACGAGGCGGCCGCCACAACCAGUGCCCAGCUUUUGCGACUGAAGAGAUCUCUGCCGGUGAUGAAGGGCCCAGGCUCCCCUGCCCGGCCCGUGACUUCUCGAUACGAUCGGCCACCAUCACGAACGGACCCCAGCAGGCCCCAAAGCACCUUGCGACCGAAGACGCCAGUUGAUCGAGCCCGCAAUGCGUAUGAGGGAAUUGCGCCUCAGGCCCGUAAAACCCCUUUCUUACCCGCUGGAGCCUCAAACACACAGUCGCAGCAUGUGGCCUCGAAGAAUUCUCGGGUGGUUCGGCGUCGUGAUUCCGACCAGGGCUCGGAGUUUCGACCCUUGUCUCGAACCAUGUCGCGAUCCACAAUGAGGUCGCCCAGCCCACGAAGACCUCGCGUUGUGGAGAAGGUGGCUGCGGAACCGUGGCAACAACUAAAUAAACCUCGCCGCCUCCGCCAAUUUGGCGACGGUCAUGAGCUGGACGUUUUUGAUGAUUUGCCGACAUCAGCACACACGGAGUCGAAGUUCACCAAACAGCCUAUCGGCAGUGGGAACCGAACAAACAUCAGGAACAGAUUAUACCAGAACGUAUUACCCGAUCGCAAUACGCCAUCUCCUGUCAUACCACAUACACCUGUCAAGGUGGAUCAUCAGCCUCACUUUGCUCGAGACACUGCUGCCAGUCGCAUGGCUAGGGAAGCAAGUCUAGCACAACGUACACCACCCGUCGGGCCAUUGCCGACAAAUCGCGUCGCCCAAUUGUCCGCUAGGCCACAUUUGAAUGCCGGUCAAUCCCCGCCAACGACAAUCCGGUCAAGGAAGACUCGAAAGCCUCAGCAAUUAAAGCCGCAUUUGAUAUCCAAUCUCAAUUCUGGGAAGGAAUCAAAAGUAGUCAAUGGCAUGAUUUACAACCCAGAUACGUUUCGUUGGGAAGGGAACGAGAACGUUCUGAAUGUCUUUGAUGUUCCUCUUUCGACCCCAUCGACGGCAUCCAUUCCGUACAUGAUGCGGGAGAAAGAAAACACAACGCCUCGACCUGUGCUUAUCACCAAUAUGAGCGCAACGAAGGGCGUCAAGCGUGUCGGUGAUAUGGUGUUCGACCCACAGCAGAUGUGCUGGCUCAAAGUCGACACAGCCACUUCCUCGGGUAGAUUGGAUGACCCAAUGGACGGGUUCGAUGCGCUAGAUGACGAAGACGACCCGUUCCGAGGAAUUCCCGAUCUCGAGGAGAAGGACACGGAUUCUGGUGAGCGCACACAUGGUCGCGCGAGUGAUGUCAGAGACGACUGGCUGGUGGGCGAGGAGUUCGACGUUGGGCCCGAGUUUAUGCGACGCCAACGCGAAGAGGAAGAGCGCUGGCGUAAGAAGUGUGAGAAGUGGAUCGGCACCGUUGACCGAGAUGACGAUGCCUGGAGAUGGGCCAUCAGAGACAUCGUCAUGGGUUCAUGA